AGCUACCUGCUGCGGUUCGGCUAUGCCACCGAGGCGGAGGCAAAGAUGGGCAGCAAGCACACGUCCCUGGGCAAGGCGCUGCGCAGGAUGCAGAAGCAGCUGGGCCUGGAGGAGACAGGGGAGCUGGAUGCCGGCACGCUGGAGGCCAUGCGAGCCCCCCGCUGUGGUGUCCCCGAUGUGGGAACCUUCCUCACCUUCGAGGGGGACCUCAAGUGGGACCACAUGGACCUGACAUAUCGGGUGAUGAACUACUCCCCGGACCUGGACCGUGCCAUCAUUGAUGACGCCUUCAAGCGGGCGUUCAAAGUGUGGAGCGAUGUGACCCCCCUCACCUUCACCCAGAUAUACAGUGGCGAGGCAGACAUCAUGAUCAUGUUUGGCAGCCAAGAGCAUGGGGACGGGUACCCCUUUGAUGGCAAGGAUGGACUCUUGGCCCACGCCUUUCCCCCGGGCCGGGGCAUCCAGGGUGAUGCCCACUUCGAUGACGAUGAGCUCUGGACGCUGGGAACUGGCAUAG